AUGCGCACCAGCCUCUCGUGCGACGCCUGCAGGCGCUCCAAGGUCAAAUGCGUCCACGCCGGCGGCCCGCCGUGUCGGCGGUGCGAAAAGUCGGGCAUCGCGGGCUGCACGCUGACCCGGCCACGGCCCGCCCGCGCGGACGUGGACGAAGGCACCAGGCGCAGGCUGUCGCGACCGACGAGAAUGCCCCUGGCCGCUCGGCAAUCUCGCGAGGACAGUGCCGUUGCGGCUGGCGAGCCGGACAGGGCCGAGAUAGAUGCGCACAUUGAGCGCCUGCCGACCAACGUCGUGCUCAAGGCCGUCAACAUCUUCAUCAACAACUUUCCGGAGCUGGCGAUUCUGCAUCUGCCGACGUUCAUGAAGGAGUUUCAGGCCACGCGCUCGGCCGAGAGCAAGGCGCUGCUGAGCGCCGUGCUGGCCGUGACCAAGGCGCAGCUGGCGGUGCUGUCGGCGUCGUGGGCCGACGAGCUGCUGCCGCGCGAGCAGUACGCCUUUUACGCGCGCGAGAUGCUCUCGCGCUUCAUCCUCGAGCCGCCCAAGCUGCAGGUCGUGCAGACGCUGCUCAUCAUCACGCUGCACGAGUGGGGCUCGCGCGACUUCCACAAGGCCUGGGUCUACUGCGGCAUCGCCAUCCGCAUCAUGCAGGCGCUGCACAGCCUCCGCGUCGCGCCGUACCCUCUGGACCUCACGCCGGAGCGGCAGGACGCCGUGUCCCUGGCCGUCGAGACGCGCACCUACUGGGCGUGCUUCGUCAUGGACUGCAUGGUCAACUCGGGCACCUACAACCCGCCCAUGCUGCCCAUGUCGGAGAUGCAGAAGCUCAAGAUUGCCCGCCCCCUGAGCGCCGUCGAGUUUGCCUUUGGCCCGGACAUUCCGCCCGAGGCGGUCGGCGAGCACUCGCUGGCCGGGCGCGCGACGGGUACUCUUGACGUGACGCAGAGCUUUGAGAUUCUCGUGGGCGGCUUCGACAUUUGGACGCAGGUCAUGACUUUCAUCUUCAACGACGGCCGCCGCGCGCCGGGCAUGUGCGCGCCGCAGAAUUGCCCCUGGGUCCCCACGUCGCCCUGGUCGCAGUCGCGGAGCCAGCUGGAGGCGUGGCGGGCCGGCCAGCAUCGCAAGCUUCACUUCCCCAACAACACCGUCGCCAUCCACAUGACGCUCGGCUUCGGCGAGACCUUUGUGUACCUGAACCUGCUCUACUACGUCAGCACCCUGAUGCUGCACCGCGAAUACUUUCCCUUUCUGCCGACCCUCGAGAUGGAGCCCCAGGGGCCCGUCGACCACCCGCGGCUGGAAGCCCCGGCGCCGCCAGGGUGGUGGGAGGAGAGCGCGCGACAGCUCUUUGGAGCGGCCGAAAACAUUGCGCGCGUCCUCCACGAGGCGUCCGAGUGCGGCGUGCACCUCGUGACGCCCUUUGCGGGGUUCUGCGCCUUUUCGGCGGGCUACAUCUGCCUCUACGUCUACCGGUUCCCGCGGAUGAACCUGAACCGCAGCCCCGAGGCAGAGGCGUGUCUGCAAAUGUGCCUGCGGUACCUCGAAGAGUUUCGUCACGUCUGGACCAUUGCCGAUGGCUGGAUCAAAACCAUACAGCAGGCCUCGCUGCUCUACGAGCGGGCCGCCAAGGACAGGCAGCGCUACCGCGGGCGUACGAGAGACGACUUUGACACGCUGCACCAGUCCAUUCACGAGUUCCGUGUCGUCGACCGCUCCGGCGAGCACAACCGUGAGAUUGACGGGGCCGAGCGCGCCGCAGCGUCGACGCCGUACACGCCAAACCACCGAGACACCAGCACACUUCUCAACCAGCUCCUGGCAGAGGUCAGCAGCAACCUCGACGAGCAGGGCGCGUGGUCGCAAUGGUGGCCGCCGCUGGAGCAAGUGGACCAGUCGGGGUCCAUGAUUCUAUAG